AUGCGGCCCGGCCUGCCCGGCGGGUCCCCUCGCUGCUGGCGUGGCGGGGGCGGGACGGAGGGACGGAGGGAGGGAGGGAGGCGGCCGCGCCUGGGGCCGCCCUUUGGCCCCGGACGAGCCUCGCCGGCCUCGCCGCCCCUUCCGAGCCGCCCGGCCCAGCCCCUGGCUCCCUGCCUGCCUGCUGUCGCAGGACCAACCAGGCGGGGUGGGGGCCACUUGCCUCUGCAUCGAGCUCAUUCCCCCGAGUGGGAAUGGGGCCAAGCAAAAUGCAGAGAUGAUGGUUUCAUCCGCACUUUGCACGCGCACAGGCGCCCAGCUGCAGUGGGACCAAUGGUGGUUUGGACAGUGGGGCUAGUGAUCCUUGGCCUGGUGGCUUGGGAGACAUGGCGCAUCAAUAGCAGCCAGGAACGGUGGCAAUGGACCAUGGAGGAGGAAGCAGAGGAGCACAGCCCGAGGGGGAAAGGUACCAAGGGGUCUAUUGUCGGGGACUGCCAGCUGAUCUGCAAGCCCUCUGCUCUCGCCCUGGCUUUGCUUAAGAACCUCCGCGAGUCUGCUCACCUGGAGGCCUGGCGAUGGUCAUGGAAGAUGUGGCCCUAUUUACAGACUGUCAAGCAACUCCUGUGGCCCCCGGACCGCCCGCUGGAGUUUGCCAGGGACCAUCUCCAUGUGGUGGACAACAGCCUUGUUGCCUUGGACUGGGUAGUAGGGCCGUGGCACAAAAGUGAGAAAGGAUCGAGCACGGCAGAGUCCGCAGUGCUCCUGGUCGUGCCCAAUACUGCGGGCAAGAUCACCAGGAACCUCACCCAACUGUGCCAGCUGGCUCUCGAGCAAGGCUACUACCCGGUCAUCUUCAACAGGCGUGGGCACAACUGUUGCCCGCUGACCAGUGCGCGGCUGCAGCCCUUUGGUGACCCAUCAGACCUGAAAGAAGCGGUCGCGUACAUCCACUUCCGGCAUCGGACCGCCGCGCUCUUUGCCGUGAGCGAGGGCUCCGGCUCGGGCCUGCUGCUCUCCCUCUUGGGUGAAUGCGGUUUAUCCUUUGACCUUUGCGGAGUGGCCUGCAUCUCCCCCUUGCUCAAGUGCCAGGACUGGUUCGAAGCCGGCAGCCCUUGGUUGUGUGAAUGGACCCUGCUCCUGUACCAGAAGAGAGUCAUCAGCAGGUACGCUGAGGCCUUGAGGGAGGUGGUGGAGAUGGAACGAGUGGUGGGGAGCCGCUCGCUGCGGGAGUUCGAAGAAGCCCUCUUCUGCCGCAGGAGGAGCCAGGCCCUGACGUGGGAAGCGUACUGGGGCUGCAACGAGCCCCUGCGGGAUGCCGACGAAGUGGCUGUGCUGGUCCUGUGCGUCUGCAGCGCAGACGACCCCAUCUGAGGGCCACCCGUUAGGACCCUCCCGUGGGAACUCUUCCACACCAACCCUCAUUUCUUCCUGCUCUUGGCUCCACACGGGGGGCACUGCAGCUUCCUUCGGAAGAGCCCUUUGCCAUCCGCUGCCUCUUGGGGGAACGCGGUGGCCCUGGAAUACCUGGGGGUUUUAUCCAGGUUCUUCCAGGCAGAGGCACGGAUGAGAGGGAGGCCACGCCGGAGGGGGCCGGUCAUCCUGCAGCAAAGUUGUCAGGGUGUUUGUCUGAACAGCGAAGGCUUGCGCCUUGAUUUCCAGGACAGCUUCAGCUGGCAAAGGUCAUACACUCACUGA